UUCGCAAGCGGCCGGCGAGUGCAGCCUGCUUUGACAAACAGAUUGCGGCUGGUCGAUUCAUGCAGAUUAUAAGGAUCCAGGAUAUAAGGAGGCACAUGUGAGUUGGUUUAGCCGACGGCGAUGUGGGCUUUAUAUCGAAGUGCGUUCGCCGUGACUGGCCGGGCACCACAGCCGACGAUCAAGGUCCUGGCGCGACCUGUCACGAUGCUACGGCAGGCGACAUCUGCACGAACAGUCGCGUCAAAAGGAGGCGCCGCCUCUCAUCGGGGACUAGGGCUGGAUCCCACACUGUUGGAAGAAGCGAGAGCAUGGAAGGCAUCAGGAGCCCUCACUAUUACGAGGCUACCAAAGGGAGACACAUCGUACUCUCGCUCGAGCGGCCCAGGAGGCCAGCACGUGAAUAAAACCGAGAGCAAGGCGACCACCUCGUGGCCGCUGUACAUGCUGUUGGCGAAGCUGCCCAAGGUGCUGCACAGCGGAGUCCGGGGGUCCAGAUACUACGUCGCAGGCUCGGACUCGAUAUCGAUAUCGUCGCAAGACGAGCGCAGCCGCGACAUGAACACGGGCACAAAUCGACAAAAGCUGUGGCAAGAGAUACUGCGCAUCUACGCCGAGACGGUCCCGGGCGAGACGGACGAGGCGACCAAGGAAAAAUACAAGAAAUUAAAAAUGCGCGCCAACGACGACAGGAUAAAAGCCAAGAAGCAACAGUCGGCUAAGAAAGCCAGAAGAGGCGGCUCUAGCGAAUGAUGGAACCACCGGCUUCUAAUUCAAGCCACUAGGCGCAUAAACCUUCCUUCAGCCCGCUGCAUGUAUAAAAACCGUCCUUUGAAUUUGCUUGACUGUUGGCUCGGUUGUGUCAAAAUGUCAAAUGGAGCCUGCGCCUUUUUACCUUUUUAAGUUGCGGCGCUGGGGCGGUAAGGUAUGAUUCUUUACCGGCCCACCGGUAACCAUACUUUCGAACGUAAAUCGAGCAUCCACGUGAAAGCAGCCG